ACAGUGUCUUUUUUAUCAAGACUCAAACACACACUCAUACUCCGCACAGACAUACUCCGGUCAAAAGCGCAGGUUUAUCUCCGACAGAGUGCACUUUGGCUCCAUGAGGGACAAGUCAACACAUCUUCUCUCCUAUAAAACAGGCUGGGCCAGCGCAGUUUUCUGUCUCGGUUUCCUUCAAUUCUGAAGAGGGGUACAGUAAGUAUGGACACUUUUUCUGUGUAUACUGACUCAGAUCAGAUGUAAAAUCUUUGAGGAUCGGUAAUGUUUUCAUCGAUGUUGUGAGUCUAAAAGUCUAGUCUAGUCUAAAAGUCUAAAAAGAAAAUAUGAUAUCUUAAGGUAUAAGCUGUCAGCACAUGUGAAUUUUCAUGCUAAAAAGGGUUAAACAACUUUUUUUUGGACAAUCAGUGAAGAAUUUAGGUGGAGAAAUGUUUGACAAUGUCUCCCCCUGGUGGACAAAAUGAGGUGUACUUUAUUGUCUUUUCACAGGUACGUGUUACACCAUGAAUAAGCUGCUGGUUAUCACUGUGCUGGUUGCACUUCUCUCUCUCAGUGAGUAAAAUCAUAAACAGUCUGGCAUUUAGAAUAGGUAAACAAAAAACAAAGAUUAAAAACAUGGUUUCCUCUGACCUGUUUGGUGCAGACGCUGAGAGCUUCCGUAUGCCGAGGCAGGCUGUGGAGGAUGUAGAGCCCGUGGAUGUCGUGGAGGCCGUGGAUGUCGUGGAGGCCGUGGAGGCCGUGGAUGUUGUGGAGGCCGUGGAUGUCGCGGCGCCCGUGGAUGUCCCGGAGCCCGUGGAUGUCCCGGAGCCCGUGAAGGCCGAAGAGGCCGUAGAGGAGGAGAAGGGAACCCUCACUAAGUUUACAGACGGCGUCAAGUCCUACUACAACAGUGCUGUUAAUACUGCCACUGGAUACCUGGACAGCAUCAGGGGCCUAAAGCUGGAGGAGAAAGUGAAGUAAGUAAAAGAGACUUUUCAUCUGGAUGCAACUAAUUACUGACGAAUACUGACACUCUUUUCUCACUGUGCUCUGCCCCCCACAGGAACAUCUACACCGACACCGCCACAGCUGUGAACACCUACGCUGGCAUCGUGAACGACCAGCUUUACCACACCUUUUACUCUCAGCAGUAAACCAAACAGUCAUUUCCAAUUACCUCAGCUACUUUUUCUAGCAGCACAAGUACUUUAAAGCUUCACACAGCACGGCCAAAGCUGUUAUUUGACAUUCUGGUCACAUCGCUGCUCAUCCAAACCUCAAAUCUUCAAACAGCAGCAGGUCUUUGUGGCUCUUUCAUUGGCGGUAAAUGAUGAGAACUACCCUACAGGGACUGCCAGCCUUUGAAAAACCAUCAAACUGAACAGGAUAACAAGCAAAAACACACAGCCCACACAAUGUACAUGUCAGUAUACCCCUCCACGGAUGGGAUCAGACGCCAACCAGUUAUUCAAUAUUUCAUAAAAAGAUAAUUUAACAGUUUAUAUUCACCUGCUGAUGCUUUUUGCUCCUGACACUCAACCAUGGAUACAUUUCAAUAUUUAUGUCACACUUUCAAAUAAAAAUUUAUACAAAAAAUAAUGUCCGUGUUUGAUAUAAUGAUAUUAAUUUAUCCAGUAAAUUAUGCUUAUUUCUCAUUUUUUCUUCUAAUGUGCACUUGCUCUCAUCUCUGUUAAAAAAAAGUGUUUAAAAAGUGUUGAUGAAUCUUCAAAGAGCCUUUUAUCAGCUAAGGCAGCGGAAGAACAGAGGCUUCUGUUUUAAUUAAUACUGGAUGAAAUGAAACAGCGUGUAAAAUUUGAGCUCAGAGAGACAGAUGAAUAAACAAACUAAACAUGUCAAGUUUUUUUCUAUUGAUGCGAGACAGCAGAGAUUUUUUUUAAUCAAAACAUAAAUGGAUAACUUUCUUACACCCUGCUGUGGCAACGACCAACAAAAAAUGAGAUUUCUUUUUAGUGAAAAGUGUCUCUGUUCUAGACUUCAACACUUCUUAUAACGAAUCCUCUCUUCAACAAAGAAGUUUAAUUGCACAUUAGCAUUUUUAAAAAUCUAAUAAUAGGCUCGUAUGAUUGCAGCCCUGCUCGUGUCAAAAUGAAUCAGUGUAAGAAGAUUCAAACGUUUUCGUUCUUGGUUUCAUUGAAAAAAAAAACAACACAUUAAAUCAUAUGGCGGGAAGGGAGGGUUACCCAGGAACUCGAACUAACUUUUUUGUUUACCAAUGGAGUUUGUUUUUGUAGAUUCAUGAAACAAGUAAAAAGUAGAGCUUUUUCUGCUGUAAUCCCUAAAAAGUAUUGGAAGAGAGCUCCUAUAUUCAGUAGUUCUGCUGCACUAGGAGUUUUUGGGUGGGUGUGGAUGUGGGGAGAAAUGUUUAUGGGAGUGUUUGAUUUAUUCUUUAAAAAUGAUUUACUCAGUGCCGCUGAAAUAAGAAAAUAAAGGCUUGUUUUUGAUCUAUG